CAGCGAGCGCUGAAUACAGAACUUCAGCGCUUAUUGAGACGACGCGAGGGCCAUUGUGUGCAGCAACAGCUGCCCUUCCACGCGGCAACAUCAACGAUGGCCCGCCGCGCAGCCCUGGUGCUCGCAAGCGCCGCCACGGCAAGCGCCGCCAACUACGUCGGCGGUCAAUGUGCGGUCGGUGUCACUAGCGGCGACCUCUUCCCCGACAAGUGCGUGUACGGCACGCAGUUCACGGCGACGGUCGCCGCGGACUAUUCAUUGCUGUGGGAGGUCGCUUACUACGACUCCUACAAGGUCGUGAAGAACGGCGACGCCGUGCACGCGCUGCACCAAUGUGGGGUGGACGCGCCGACGAGCGAAGAGCUACCGGCCUACGCGGUGGAGGCGACGCUCGUCGAGGUGCCCGUAACCGCCGUCGCGACGACGUCGUCGACGUACCUCCCGUUCAUCGAGAUGCUCGGCGAGCGGCGCGCGCUCAAGGCCUACCAGUCGAGCUUCUACUACGUCUCGUCACCGUGUUUAAGGAAGAUGUACCGCGACGGACUCAUCGAGGCCCAGAGUGGGGACUGGCCGAACACAGUGAACCCGGACCUGGAGGCGCUCGGCGUCCAGGCGACGUUCGCGUCGUCGUGGGGCAUGGACGAGCACAACGCGGUCCUGCUGACGGACACGGCCGAACAACAGCCGAACGCGGUCCUCAAAACGGCCGAGUACGUCGAGUAUGUUGGUCUGUAUUUCAAUAGGGAGAAGGAGGCGGCCGCGGCCAUCGAGCACAUCGUCGCCAACUGGCUCUGCACGAAGGAGGCCGUUGCUGGCGUCGUGAAGAACAAAGCCCCGGUCAAGGUGCUCUGGGCCCAGUACUGGGGCAGCGCGACCUGCGGCGGCGAACCGAUCGGAGGCUGGUCCGUCGCAAGCGGCAACACGUGGUACUCGGAAAUCAUCGAAGCCGCGGGUGGCCAGCUCAUCGUGCCCGCCGUCGAGGCGGCCUGCGAGUCGUGGGGUGCGCCCUACCUGUCUACCGAACAGCUCCUCGAGGUCGGCGCGGACGCUGACGUGUUCAUCUCGCCGGGCCCGUGGGAGGACCAGGACGUGUCCUCCCUGAAAGCCUGGGAAAACGGCCGCGUCUUCGACAACCAGGGCCCGCGCGGCGCGAAUGACUGGUUCGAGCGUCGGGUCGUGGAACCCGAUGCCGUUCUGCAGGACCUGGCCGUGGCCUUCUACCCGGACGCGACCGAGCUCGAGGGCCUGUCGCGCAAGUGGCUCCGCGACGUCGUCGCGGAGGAGCCCGUCGGCGGCGUGUCGGACGAGGACCUGGACGCGGCCUGCCCCGACAUCGACGCGCCCUAUGAGUUCUCCUCUACAGACAUGUGCGCACGACUAGUUCUUGAUAACGAUCCCACGCCGACCGAGCCCGCGCCGACGACGGACCAGCAAGCGACGACCGAGGGCUCCUCGAGCAGCAGCAAGAAGAGCUCCUCGCCGGACGCCGCCUCGGGCGGCAUCAUAGCCGUGGCCGUCAUCGCCAGCGCACUCGUGCUCCUCGUCGUCGGUGGCCUGUCGUACUACGCCAACCGGCGCCUGCCGCCGCCGGCGAAGGCGCUUCCCGCGGACAACCAACCCGUUGUCACGAAGGCGGCCGAGACGGCGUGAGCAACGCCGUCCCGAGGAGGCAACGCGCCCGCGCGCCCCGGGGCCCGCGCGCGCUAACGCAUAUGAU